UUUAUCUCUCUCUCUCUCUAGUACUCUUCAAUUCUGGGUUUCUUCAAUUGUUUCGAAAGCUAUAUUUUUAAUCUUGUUUCUAUGUAAUCCGGUAUUUUCCCUAAAAUUUUCAAUAUUUUUCCCGAAAGCACAUCUAGGCUCCUUUUUAAUCGAAGUUUCUCUGUUGUUUUCUCCAAAAUAGCUUCAAAUUUUUGAUUUUUUUAUGCGAAUUUGAAUCGAAUUCCGGCUCAAAUGAAGGUCCACCCGGUGCCCGGUAGACGCAACAUCACGCUGCGACACGACAUCGCAUCGGUGCUAGCACAGGCAAGCAUCUGCCGCCAGAAGAAGUUGCGGCGUCUGCUGCACAUCUUCGCGAAGGUUCUGGAAAUUCCCCUUCAUUCAGACGCCGACGUUCUGGUCGUGGAGAUCCUCGACUCCCUCAUUUUCACCGCGUCCGCAGACGGAAUCGGCAGCGGCGUCAAGGCCGACGCGGUGGAGAUCUACCCUGGGGUUACCAAGGUUGUCAUAAGGGGGAAUGGAGUGUGGUUGAUGUUUCUGGGACUGAAUUGGAGCUUGAUUUGUGGUAGUUUUGGCUACCGGCCUCAAUGCGGCUGGAGCUCGCCUCGGCGGUCUACGAGGACGGCGAGCUGGUGGUGACUGUGCCCAAAGGGGCGCAGCGGCGGCGGCUGAGGGAAGAGCAGUCGGAGGAGAUGGCUGGGGUGGGAGAAAUUGGCAAUGGAAGAAAUGCCGGUGGGUUAGGGUUCAAUUAGUGGAAGAAAUUCUUUAGUUUUUUUCUUGUUUUUUUUUUUAUUCCACUUGUACUUCCAACAUGGCAUUUGGCCGGACACGUCAAAUACCGGUCCCCGGAUUAUUUUUGCGGGCCACAAAUAAGAAAAAAAAUAAAAUGAUGAGUAUUAUUUUGUA